AUGGAAGGACAUAACAUCCCCCUGCACCCUCCAGUUAUGGUGUCCCCUACGCUGUCCCCUACGCCUUUAGCUCAGAACUUCCUACCACAACCUAUAGGAAUCAGCAGUCAGGAACUGCAGAGCCUUCUAGCAAAGCCUGCCAAGGAAUUACCUGUCCAAGUCUUUUAUGAGCUUGGUAAUAAGUUACAACCCCUGAAUAAUGGGAUAAGAACUGGCGACUGGGUCCAUCUUGCAGAGCUGUUAGGCUUCUCCCGACAACAGAUUGACCAUUUUGAGGUUCGGUCCACCAUCCAGCGAGAACCGCCGGGCUUCCUGAUGUUGAUGGAGUGGCGGUCACAUGAGGACAGGAGCACGUUGUUCAUCCUGAGGGACACGCUGUGGACCUGUGGGCGCCAUGAUUGUGUCAGCUUCCUGGACAGGCGUGUGGAAGAAACCAUGUUUAUGGAUCUCUAUUUACGAGUCAUUGAUGAAGAAAAUCGGUUAUUACCCAUACGACUACUGAAGGUCCGCACUAAAUGUGACGCAACAAUAAGGGAAAGUAUUCAGAAUUUCCUCUGUGGAGACUCAGACGAUAGUGAAUAUGAACUUGUGGACACACCCCUUCUGUCAAAAGCAAAGCAAUUCAAAGGUAAACAAAUCACUCUGCGAAAAAAGAAUCGAACGCGUCCUUGUGUUUCACCAAAAAAUUCCCCAAAUUAUAACAUAUUGAUAUCUAGCUCGGAAAACAGCACAGGGGAAGAAAAUUCGUCCGAUGACCAACUCGGUCAAAUAAAGGACUUACCCGAGAACCUUGAAGCUUGUUGUGUAAGUGAUAGUGAACCGGAAGUGAACACUCCCAAUGCCUGUCCCAACACGAUCCGCAAGACUGUGUACAUCACAGAGGACUGUGUGUAUUGUGGUAAAAUCAGGACCGUCAGCCAGAGACAUGUAUCGGAAACGUCGUCUGCUGUCAAAACCGGUGUGCAUUGCCCCUCGUGUAACUGUCCUUUCCAUUCGUCUCCAUUAGCAACCAGCGAGCCUCUUUGUAAUCAAAUUGUAGAUCCCAGACUUCGAAAUCCAUGGCAGGAUACUGACAGGUCUUCCCUGAAUGUUUCUUCUGAACAAAACUCUGAUUCGCUAGAAAGAAAUCUUUUCAAUACUCCACUUCAACGUUCAAGCCAUGGUGACACAGAGCUAACCAUAAAAAAACAGCUCUAUAGGGUCUCUGCAUCAGAAACCAUGUUUUGCAACAAACCAAGGGCAAUUUCUUGCACACUUCUUCCCCAAUCAAACAUUCCCAAUCAGUGGUGGCAAGGUGGUUUGACAAAGUACGAGGAUCCGCCAUAUAUUCCAAUGAAUUCAGUCAAGCGGCAGAGGUCAGUCUCUGAACCCCCUGAAAUGUUAUUGGCUGACCUUGACAAAAAAUUUGACAUAUCAUUAUCCACAAGUAAACGUCGUCCCAAAAGACGGAAAAUUGAACUAGUGUACCAUGAGAUCUGUGAAAAUAUGAGAAAUUUCCCUGGGUGGGACCCUGAUGAAUCGGAACAGACGAUUGAACAGUCCAUGGCCCGCUUCUGUAGAGAAGAUGGACACUACGUCAUUUGGUUCAUGAGGAGUAAACAUCGUGUCGUUGUUACAGUCAGCCAUAUGGGGAGGUUGGUUCACUACGCUGUUUUCUCAGAACGCCAUGGCGACGGUCAAGAUUGGCACUAUUUCUUCACAGAGCACUGCUUCACCGACAUCCGCUCACUACUGCGCCAUCACAUGACCAAUGGCCUUGAGUCUCAGUCCUCUCAAAAUGGCGAAAACCGGAAAGGAAUUAGCGCAUCACAGAGUCUGCGUGAGAGUCGCCGGGAACAAACCAAGCUGUCUCACGUGACCUUGAAAUACCCUCGACGACCUCAACCAAUGAAAAAGUAAAACAGAUGGUGAAAAAGGAACAAAAUAAUCUUAAAGAGUAACAAAACAAACCUUGAUAAGGAUAAUGAACGUUACAUAAGAAGAGUAACGCUAAUCGAUCACAUUUUAUACUUGUUUGUUGAUACCUAAUCCUUAAGAACUCUGUUAUCUUUUUGUUUUUAUUUUAAUUUUCAUUUGUUAUUUUUUUUAACACAUUACUUACUUUUUACAUUUGCACUUUUUGUUGACGACAUAUACUCAGCAUAAACACAUGACUUACCCACUUAUCAUUUUUAACUAGUACACUAGGCUCAGUACGAGCGAUUUUUUAUUCACUAUUAACAUUAUUCGUUAUAUUCGAUCAAUUUAUAAGACAUUUUUUAAAGACAGGGGUAAUUUAACUGACUUUGUUGAGUUCAGUGUUUGUGUAAUGGCUAAUGUUAACUGUAAAACCAAUUAAUUUUCUAAUUACAUUGUAGGGCUGUUGUUUACAAUGUUUUCAUUGCAUGCAUACAGCAUGUGAGUUGUCUGAAAAAUGCUCAAAGCUAUACAUGCCCAUGUAGGUGUUGGCAUUUACUCUUAAAAGAGUACUACUAUAUAUAUUAUUUGUUGUGUUUUUAUUAAUGUGCUUUAACCUCACUUGUAUAUAUGGAACCACGUUCCCUUUUGUUAUAUUUUUACAACAUUACUGGAUAUUUAUUUACCUAUUCAAUCUUUAGUCUUUAAAUGGCAUAAUAUAUACAAUGUACCUGUCUUAUAUUAUAAAUAAAGUAAAGGUACUGGUACU